UGGCCACACAUCCCUAUCCAGAAAUCUGAGUUAUUUUCUAAAGUUCGUGCAACAGAAACAUUAGGAAAGAUUUCUCAACAUCACGUUUUAGUUUCAUUUCGAUCUUUUGGUUUGUACACAAAAAGGUUUCCAUGUAACGUACAGCUGAUCUAGGGCUUGGUUCUCGUUAAUAUUCCUACUGCUUUUCUUGUUUUAAAAUACCUUAUGCUGAUAAAUUUCAACACAAUAGCGUCUUUCUUCAAGGAUCUGUCGACUCCACGCUCCUAGACUGUGUAUCGUGCUCUUUCAACCACAAAAGCAUCUUUGUUGUUUAACGACCAUCAACUAUGAAUAUACCCAAUCAAUACCUAGAAAAGACAGAAGAAGUUGCCGAUCAGGUAAUAAGAAAGGGGAAACAUGUCCUACCACAUGUCGCGCGAUUAUGUCUGAUAGCAACGUUUCUUGAGGAUGGCAUCCGGAUGUGGGUGCAAUGGAAUGAACAGCGUGAAUAUAUGGAUAUGAACUGGGGAUGUGGCAAAUUUUUGGCCACCACCUUCGUUCUUAUCAAUUUAAUAGGACAGAUUGGAGGUUGUGUGAUGGUACUUGGACGAUUGAAAGUGAGCAUUGCUUGCUGGGUAUUGUUUGGUAUUGUUGUGUUGCAAACGAUCGCGUAUUCUGUCCUGUGGGAUAUACAGUUCUUGUUGCGUAAUCUCGCCCUGAUCGGUGCAUUAUUACUCGUGCUAGCGGAAUCGCGCGGCGAAGCUCGAUCACUAUUUGCAGGCGUUCCUUCACUUGGAGAGAACAAACCGAAGAGUUUCAUGCAACUGGCGGGUCGGGUACUUCUUGCAUUCAUGUUCAUUACACUGAUCCGUUUCGAGCUAAGUUUCUUACAAAUCCUUCAGGAUAUCGUCGGAUCCAUAUUAAUGGUACUAGUUACGAUCGGCUAUAAGACUAAGCUCUCAUCUCUUAUUUUAGUAGCACUUCUAACAGUUCUAAACCUGUACCAUAAUGCAUGGUGGACCAUACCAGCAUACAAGCCUCUGCGUGACUUUCUUAAGUACGAUUUCUUCCAGACGCUCUCUGUCAUUGGUGGCUUAUUAAUGAUUGUUUCCCUCGGGCCAGGUGGUGUUUCAAUGGAUGAACAUAAGAAAAAAUGGUAAAAAUAUGCAUUAUACUAGGAAAGCAAUAGUAUCAAUUUAAAAUACAACUUCCGUUGAUCUUUGUUUGUUCGUGAAACAGACCUCCGUACUGAACAAUUAUAUUAUUUCGGUGUAGACGAAAAGAGAACCGUAACAAAACACUUAAAAUAGCAUCGAAAACCAUUUUUUCCUAGAUUAUAAUUACUCCGGUUAUUUUACACAUUAUGCAGCUGUUAUGAAACCAACAGCAUCAAAGGAAACAAACAUUGAAUAUGUAAAUGAAAAUAUAACUUAAAAAAUGACAUCUAUAAAGUUACAAAAUUCUCCGAACGUCGGUAAUCGCUACUUUUGAAACCAGGUCGAGGAUUCUAUAACUUUCAGUUACUGAACAAUAUAUUACUUUUAUAUGCAAUAAGGAAGUUUAUAAAAAACAACAAUUCUACAGCGUUUGAAAAACGAACUACUUUGAUACGAUCCAUCUAUUGUUUUUCCAUUUAAAUCGUAAGAAAAAAAAAUUACGACUUAUGAAGUGCAGUAACAGGGGGUUCUAGGCAGGUCUUAAAAGCAUCAAUAUUCACAUCUGUGACGAAUUUUCGUAAGCACAAAAAGAAAGGAAUGUAAAACCAACACUCAAUUUUUAUUGAUGCAUAAAACUUUUCUAGAACAGAAAAUUCUUUUUUCUUAUACUAUGUAGUAUGCAAACUAAGGAUGUGAUUUGUUUACUUGAUUCCGAAAAAUAAAGGGAACCUUAUGGAAUUCUAACAUUA